CCAGGAAGGAGAAGUGAAGUGAAACGACCGCUGAUAAAACAGAUGCAGGUGCUAAAUUUUAACCUCAAAAUGACAGUGCUGUGUUUAUAUAUGUUCUGUGCGAUUUUCUAAUUGAUGAAUUCAUGAUACUAUUCAAUGUCUGGGUCGAUUAGACAAUUGGAAGAGCGUCAGUUGCCAGCGGAGGUGACAUUGAUGCGAUGGUCGCCGAAAAUGGACCUCCUGGCGGUUGCCAACAAGAAAGGGGAAGUAGCGCUCCACCGCCUCACAUGGCAGCGUGUGUGGUUGCUAAACCCCCCCGAGGAAUUAGAAACGGUCUCCAACCUCUGCUGGAGACCCGAUGGGAAACUCCUAGCCGUGACCUACCAGAAUUCUCGAGCUCUCCACCUCGUGGACAUCGAGAACAAGAACCUCCUUCACAAGAAGGACCAUGAGUCCAAGGGGAAGGUGACCUGCAUCUCCUGGUUACCCAUGGACAAUCGAACGCCUUCCGAUUCUGAUAAUUCCUCACAAAUCUCGAAAACCAUAGCCUCACCAACUGGAAAAUAUCUACCAACUCUUCCAAAUCUCAAUAGAGGCUUCAGUCAGGAGCCAGAAAGGAAGGACUUCUUGUAUCAGACUCUGGACAUGCUCUUUCUGGGACACGAUGGAGGUGAAGUAACGAUGUACGUUUUCGGAAUGUUCUACUGUGGGACCAUAAAAGUAGGGCAGGAUUCAAUCUCGGAGAUAACUGGUGGCUCGGGCAAGCCCAUCUACGUCUCCUCCAAAAGCCCCCAAGGAAUUAAAGUGAAUUGUCUUUCCUGCGUGCUCCUGGAGAAGUCCGCAGCCUUCCUGAAAGUAGCUCAAGUCCAGGCGAACGUGGAGUGUCUCAUGGAUUACCUGUCGCACACGUUGAUGGCGAUAUCCGAAGCAUGGGAGACGAUUCUCCUGGAGAUGGAUGAGAAACUGGCGAGGUACGAGGAGUGUGAUGUACCAGGAGCUCUCGCUGCUGACUUCCUAGAGCUGCUCAUGAUAGGAAUCCCAACACCCAAGCUCAAGAACUUUCUUCUUCGAGAUUUAACCGAGAAGGGAUUGAAAAAACUUGGGCACAGCAUCGAGAUCUGUUACAGCAAUAUUCAGAAACUUGUGCUGAAGCAUUUAAACAGUGUGGGAAUGGCCCUGGUGUAUCAGUUGGCGGAGAUGAGGGGAAUGGCAAGACUCGGUGGUCCCUAUGAAGCUCUAGGUCUCAAAAACGAGGAAUCGAUAACCACUGCUCUUCAUGCGUCCGAAGCAUUUCUUGCUAAAUCAUCUGAGAUACAGCAGGUCAUCGAUCACAGCAUGAGAGACUACAAAGCAUUCUUCAGAUGGCUGUACGUCGUAAUCGCAAAAUUAACUGACGAGAGGGUUCCCUCAGAGGCCAGUAGAGUGAGUCAGCAAGAGCUGACAUUCAUCGCUGAGUUCCUCCGUGGUUUCGACAAGACCGACACUGGUAGCCGAAGGAAAGGGGUGAACCUAGAAAAGCUGGGGCAGUAUCUUCGUCGAGAAAGCCUUCAGAUACCCUUGACCCCGGAGGGUAGUGAGUGGGCGAGCCUCUUAAGUGAAAAUAAGUGUCUGAAUGAUCAUCCUCUCAUAGUGAAGCAGGAUCUCAACUGUUCAUUGCUGCAAUCCCAUGUGAAGCUCGUGGAGGCAGUCACGGGGGUCUUCUCCGAGGCUUACAAAGAUCUGACGUCCCAUUUCGUAGUCAGUUCGACGAUUCUGCCGACUUUCGAAGUCUCCACGUGCAGUCAGGUGAUGAAUCUCGAUGGGGAUCUCGUAAUCGCAGCCUCUGAUGGCGAUCACAGGUCCCUCAAGAUUUUCAAAAUCACAUCUGGAGCUGUUGAGGGGAAACUAAGGUUUAAAGCUUCAGUGAUAUCUGUUGAUAACAAGCACACGUCCUUCUCCAGGACUUUGACUGACUUUACCAUCAGUGAUCUGCAGUUUUACUCCCCUCAAAUCCUCAGUCUUCUGUUAUUAGACCAGAAUAAUCUUGGUUCGACUCUGGUGCAGCUGAACAUCAGUGAGAAACAGAUAUUCAAUGACCAGGAAGAGGAGCCUGUGUUCCUGAGUGAAUUGGUGGGGGGCAACUGGCCCAGGAGCUUCCAGGGCAUAUCCGCGAGGAGACUGGCGGUCUCAGGGCCCAGAAAAGUCACGGCUGUGCUCAGUGAAAACAACAAGAUGAUCAGACUUCUCGAAACUGAGGUGGAGCCUGAGGAUGAGGAAGACGAUGAGGAGGAUGAGACUGGGGACGACAGUUGGGAGACUUCUGGUCAUCUGAUGGAAACUUCCGGGAAAAACGUGUCUGGAGUCAGUACGUGAGGGACAGGAGAAUAUAUGUAAAUAUGAUUGAAGGAUUUUUUUAUUCAUUAAGUAUUUGAUUAUUAAAAUUAAAAAAACGAUGAAUACGAGUAAUUUUUAAAAGUUAUAUUUACAAGUUCCUUAGACAGUAAUUCUAAGAUAUAAAUUGAUUCAAGUAAUUUACAAAUUUGUCAAUGAACAUUGAGUCGCUGUUGUUGUUGGUUUUUUCGUUUUGAAAAUCUUCGAUUUAGAGUAUAAAUUUACAGCCUUCAUGCUUGAAGGGGGAAUUAUUUUUUCGAA